UUAUAUCUAAAAAUGAUUGUAAUAAAUAAUUAAUAAGCGAUAAUUAGUAUUAAUAAUGCUUUUAUAUAGGACAGUUUAAAAUUAAUUUUCUACAAUGUUAAAAGUAUUUAAAAUUGCUAUUUUGGGUGCCCCAGCCAGUGGAAAAGGAACUAUAUCAUCCAGAAUAUUAAAAAAUUAUGAAUUCAAACAUGUAUCCAGUGGGGAUUUGUUGCGAUUACAUAUUAAAAAUAAUACUAGUUUAGGAAUUGAAGCGAAAAAAUAUAUUGACCAAGGACAGCUUGUUCCUGAUCAUUUUAUGGUCAAAUUUAUCUUAUCUGAGUUAACAAAGUUAAACAAUCAAAGUUGGCUGUUAGACGGCUUUCCGCGCACAAGAUCUCAAGCUGAACAAUUAUGGAGUGCACAACCCUUAAAUUUUGUUAUUAAUUUAGAAGUACCGUUUGAAGUGAUCAUUGAUCGGGUUAAAGGUCGCUUUAUUCACUUACCAAGUGGAAGAGUAUAUAAUACUGAUUUUAAUGCACCAAAAGUACAAGGUAAAGAUGACGUAACUGGUGAAGAUUUAAUUCAACGUGAAGAUGAUAAACCAGAGGCUGUGAAAAAACGCUUACAAAUUUACGAAGAGAUGACAAAACCGGUUGUAGAAUUUUACAAGGAGAAAUCUAUUUUACACACUUUCCAGGGUAAAACUACAAAUGAAAUUUGGCCAAAGAUUGUUAAGUUUCUAGCAGAAAAUCUUAAAUAAUGUAUUUUUCUUAAAUAUAAAUAUUUUAAAUAUAAAGGGCAAAAAUCAGAGUUGGAUCUUUGCACAAAGAGAAAACCUAUCAAACGUAACAAAUUUUAUUUCCUGCGGUGGCCAAAAAUAAUUUAAAUAUGAUUACACAGGGUUGUCUUUACUCGGGGGUGAGUCUUGAGAGACCAUACUAUUCAUUCAACAUACACAAAAGGGCGCCAGAUUGAUUACGAAAACUAAAAUACAAGGAAUAUAAAGGCAAACUUGUAUGAGAAGGGCCUCAGAAAGGUAAAGGAGUGCCAGCUUGAUUUACAAAGACUAAAAAAAAAUAAACAAACGGCACUUCGUCUGAUUUUCGCACCCCAGCGCCUGAUAUGGUGUUAAGACGACCCUGUGCCAGUAACAUAAAUUUGAAAAUAUGCAUUUUAACCACCGACGGAAAAGGAAUGAAAAAAGAGGAAUUCUCACGCUUUUUUUUAUCCAACUCUGAUGGAAAUCUUAAUGUUAUGACCUUUCUAAAAGGCAUUUAGAAUUUGUUAGUGUUUUUUUUGUAUUUGUUAAUAAUUUAAAAUAAGAUUGUUAGAUUUAAAAACCUUUACAAAGCUGUUAAGUUUGAGUCAAGUAAGGUUCAAACUGAAAGUGUAGAAUUAUAAAUUAAUUUAUGUUGUUUUGUUCCUAUUUUGCCAAAUAUUUAAAUUGCACAAUUUAUGAAAUGGAAACCAUUGACAAUAAAAUGAAGUGAUUUAUACUCAAAAUAAAACCGUUUUUGGAAACCAAAA